CAGCAGUGGAGAGCCGUGCAGGGAAAUGUGCCUGUCGUGUUUGUUCUGCUCUAGAAUCUGCUGCCAGCGAGCGUUUGAGCCUCUGAGUUCCCAAUCAGAGCAAAGUUCACCCCAAAACAAACAGCUGCGGACUGCUGAGAGCGAGGAGAACAGCGAGGAUGAUUCGAAGCGCUCUGAAACACGGGGCCUUCACCCCUGAUCUGUCUCCAGAGACUGCCCUACUCAGAACCGUCCCGCUCCCAGUGCCUCGAGCCCAGGCAGUGACCCCCGUCCCGCGAGCACACCGCAAGCCCAGCGAGGGCCACAGCGGGCAGCCGGCGCGCGGCAGCAUGGAGGUGGGCAUGCGCGUGGUGCGCGGCCUGGACUGGAAGUGGGGGAACCAGGAUGAAGGAGAGGGGCACAUGGGCACGGUGGUGGAGAUCGGCCGGCAGGGCAGCACAACUACGCCCGACAAAACUGUGGUGGUGCAGUGGGACAGCGGCACUCGCACGAAUUACCGCACCGGAUACCAGAGCGCCUACGACCUGCUGCUGUACGACAACGCACAGAUCGGUGUCCGACAUUCAAACAUCAUCUGUGACAGCUGUAAGAAGCACGGCAUCAUGGGAAUGCGCUGGAAGUGUAAGGUGUGUUUCGACUACGACCUGUGCACUCAGUGCUACAUGAACAACAAGCACGACCUGACGCACGCCUUCGAGCGCUACGAGACGGCGCAUUCGCACCCAGUGAGCUUGACGCCGAGACAGAACCUGUCCAGAAUCAUCCUGAAAGGAAUCUUCCAGGGGGUGAAGGUGGUCCGGGGGCCCGACUGGGACUGGGGCAACCAAGACGGAGGUGAGGGGAAGGUCGGGAAGGUGGUGGAUAUUCGUGGAUGGGAUCAGGAAUCGGGUCGUAGCGUGGCUAGUGUCACCUGGUCCAGCGGAACCACAAACGUCUACAGAAUGGGCCACAAGGGCAAGGUGGAUCUGAAAUACGUGUCGGAUAUGCAGGGAGGAUACUACUACAAGGAGCAUCUGCCCAAAUUAGGCGAGCAUGCGGAGCUGCAGCGGCAGGAGAGUGCAGACAGUCACUCGUUCCAGCAGGGUGAUAAGGUCAAGUGUCUGUUGGAAAUGGAGAUCCUCAGACAGAUGCAGGAGGGUCACGGCGGCUGGAACCCAAAAAUGGCAGAGUACAUCUCCAGAAUCGGCACCGUGCACAGAAUAACGGACCGCGGGGACGUGCGAGUCCAGUACAGUAACAACAUCCGCUGGACCUUCCACCCCGGAGCCCUGACCAAGGUGAACACGUUUGCCGUGGGUGAGCUGGUGAAGGUGCUGGAUGACACUGACAGUGUGAAGAGACUUCAGGUGGGCCAUGGAGAGUGGACAGACAGCAUGGCUCCAGUAGGUUCCUCCACAACACACAUGACUUGGACUGAAGAUCACAUUUUGCGUGGCGAGGUCGACGCCAAUCUGAUGACGGCUGAGAACUCCAGCGAAUCAGGAAGUACGGUCAUUUCAGUCCUGGAGAAGCUGCUCUCUCAGUCCACGGAGCAGGAUCAUCCGGGCCGGCUGGUUAUCGAGGCGGCUCACGGGAACGCCGUUAAAGUGCGUGAACUGGUGCAGAAAUACCCUGACAAGGUGGAUGUUAAGAACCAGGGGAAGACGGCUCUGCAGGUGGCUGCCCAUCAGGGACAUGUGGAGGUGGUGAAGGUUCUGCUUCAGGCCAACAGCAGCAUUGAAGCUAAAGAUGAGGACGGAGACGCUGCGCUACACUACACAGCGUUCGGGAAUCAGGCAGAAAUUGCACGCUUGCUGCUCAGUAAUGGAGCCAGUGUGAACCUGCUGAAUAACUCCAUGUGUACGGCGCUGCACAUCGCUGUCAAUAAAGGCUUCACGGAUGUGGUGAGAGUGUUGACGGAGCACUCGGCAGACAUCAACCUGCAGGAUUCGUAUGGAGAUACACCCUUACAUGACGCCAUUGCUAAAGACUUCAGGAGCAUCAUUGAGAUUCUGACUGUGGUGCCCAACAUCGAUUUCACGCAGCAGAACAACCGCGGCUUCAACUUGCUGCAGCACGCCGCUCUGAAGGGCAACAAACUAGCGACAGAGAUGAUCUUGGCUCGAGCGCGACAGCUGGCUGACGUUAAGAAGGAAGAUGGUUUCUCUGCUCUGCAUCUGGCCGCCUUGAACAACCACCGGGAUGUAGCUGAGAUUCUCCUCAAAGAGGGUCGUUGUGACAUCAACAUCCGCAACAAUCGCAAUCAGACGCCGCUGCAGCUGGCUGUGACUCAGGGUCACAUGGCUCUAGUGGCCCUGCUGGUGACGGAGGGGGCAGACGUCAACGCAGAGGAUGAGGAUGGAGACACAGCCAUGCACACGGCUCUCAGCCGCCAGCAGCUGGCCACCGUCAUGAGCAGCGGAGAGGGCGAAGGAGCGCUGCUCUACAGCAGGUUGUGUAGCUCAGGGCUGAUGGGAAACACGGAGCUGAACGUAGGAGCUGCUAUCGCUUGCUUCUUGGCACAGGAAGGGGCCGAUAUCAGUUAUGCCAACCAUAAAGGUAAAAGCCCACUGGACCUGGUUACAGACAGCAGCGUACAAACUCUCAUCAGGAGCUUCGCAGAAAAGCACAGGCUUCAAGCCGUCACGUGUGGCACAGGCACGAGCAGCAGCAGUCUCAGGCGAGUGCACACUACACCCAACACCAUGACCAACCUGGUCAUGCCCAGCGCGACGGGCCCCAGCGAGUGCCUCAUCUGCUCCGAGCUCGCACUGCUGGUGCUGUUCUCUCCAUGUCAACACAGCGUCGCCUGCGAGGAAUGUGCUCACAGAAUGAAGAAAUGUAUCCGGUGCCAGGUGACAAUAACAAAGAAAAUUCGGCAAGACCAGACGGAGGUGGAGUGCAGCCCCAGCUCGGAGAACUCGGAGCAGCACAACCUGCUGGAGCAGCUGCAGUCGCGCUACAGACAGAUGGAGGAGCGCAUCACCUGCCCCAUCUGCAUCGACAACCACAUCAAGCUGGUGUUCCAGUGCGGCCACGCCUCCUGCAUCGACUGCAGCGCCGCGCUCAAGACCUGCCCCAUCUGCCGGCAGACCAUCCGCGAGAGGAUCCAGCUGUUCGUCUGAACCGCGUGGCUCUGAGGGGAAGACGGUUGGCUGUUUGUGCUUCAUAGUCUGUCCUAUCCUGAGCCUCAUCAUUUAGCCAUAAAGCAGGAGCGCGCCGCCCUUUCGUGCCGGACCGGAGGAUGUGAGCGGGCACUAGAUGGCCAACCAAUGCCUGCCUUUGGUUUUGCUUGUCUGCGUGUGCAUCGCGUUGAACAUCAGCAGGGUUUUCAGCCAUUUAGGACCUGGUUUUGGAUCUGCAUCUACAGUAUUACCGAGUGAAGAGGAGUCUAUCAGACAUCAGAAGAUAUGCUUCAUGCUGCUGAAGAGCUAGAUUAUAGAGAACCCUAACACAAACCCAGCAUGCAGCGUGAGCUGUCACAUCAGCCCCGCGCAGAAAGCAUCUCACGAAACCCGUCGGGACCUGGGCCAUAUUUUACACUAAAAUCCAAAGGGAGAAAUCAUGUUGUGUAAAAAAAA